UUUAUUAGCCAUAUAUUAAGAUUAUAUACUACGAGUACAGUACUAGUGGAUUCCAGACUUUUUGUUUUUACUUUUUAAAAUUUCUGGUGUGCAUGUACCUAUCCAUGUUUUCCAAUUUUUGACAGCUUGCUUCUUUAUUUGUUUCUGGUGCAAUGCGAAUGUAAAUAAUACUACUAGGCAGUAGAUAUGCUUCUGUAUUGUAAAGACUGAAUUCUCUUCUCUUCGAGUUAGAAAUUCAGAAGCUUUAAUCAGUUCAUCUGGGUUUCUGGGUCUUAACCAGAAUUGUUAUGUUCUCAGCGGAAGUUGGCUGAGUGACGAAUGAACUCAGCGAGUGACCUGAGUCAGUUGAGUGACGUCAGAGGCCAGGUACUUAGGUUUGACAAAAUGUUGAAGGGUUGUUGAGAACUUGAGAGCGAAACAUUCAUUGGAUUUCCUUUAUUUGUUCUAGUAUCUAAUGCUAACCGCCUCUCUGUGUUUCCACGUCUGGCCUGGUAAUAAUUUCAGUACAAAAAGGACUUUUGUUUUUCCUCUCCUUGUCUCCAAUAUAAAGAUUCCCAUCGAAGAAGCCCCUUCUUACGCUUUGCAGACGGUUUUAUUCACUUGUAUACAAAAGGCAAGAGCAUUGUGCCGCAAAGCUGUACCUUUUAAGCCUCAUACUUGCUUAUCUCUUUCUCCUAUAAGCAAAAAAUAACCCUGUUUUUGCUUCUGCAGCCCCUUUUGUACUUUAAAUUCACUGUCUGUGUCUCAAAAGUUUCACUUGACCUUUUUGGCUAACGGUAGGUCAGCAACCUGAGAGAUCUAGAUUCUUGGGUGUAUUAAAUUUGUUGUCGUCGAUGGUGAUUGAUGUCCUAGUUUCUUUUACCAAUCCAAGUAAAAUUGUUUUCUGUUAGUUAGUGAGCAUUUGCGGUGAUGUGCUAAUGUGGUUUAUGGUUUGAUGCUAGAGUAGACUGCUACGGUUAGUUCCAGAGAGGCUGUUUGAUUCAUUGGUGAAGAGAUGAGGGGAGCUGCUCUUGUAGCCAUUGCUGCUACAAUUGGUAACUUUUUGCAGGGAUGGGAUAAUGCUACGAUUGCUGGAGCAAUUGUGUACAUCAAGGAGGACCUCAAUCUGGGAACUAGCGUUGAAGGUCUUGUCGUGGCUAUGUCACUCAUAGGAGCCACAGUUAUUACAACAUGCUCAGGAGCUAUAUCAGAUUGGCUUGGACGGCGACCAAUGCUGAUAAUUUCUUCAAUCCUUUAUUUUGUUAGUGGUUUGGUGAUGUUGUGGUCACCUAAUGUAUAUGUCUUAUGCAUAGCCAGGCUAUUAGAUGGAUUUGGAAUUGGUUUAGCAGUUACUCUUGUCCCAGUCUAUAUAUCUGAGACUGCUCCAUCAGAAAUAAGGGGAUUGUUAAAUACACUACCACAAUUCACUGGUUCUGGGGGGAUGUUUUUAUCAUAUUGUAUGGUUUUUGGGAUGUCAUUGAUGGACUCACCAAGUUGGAGGUUGAUGCUUGGGAUUUUAUCGAUCCCUUCUCUCCUAUAUUUUGCCUUAACAGUCUUUUAUUUGCCUGAAUCUCCUCGGUGGCUUGUGAGUAAAGGGAAGAUGCUUGAGGCAAAACAGGUUCUUCAGAGGUUACGUGGCAGGGAAGAUGUUUCAGGUGAGAUGGCUUUGCUGGUUGAGGGCCUUGGCAUUGGAGGUGAAACUUCUAUAGAAGAAUACAUAAUAGGUCCAGCUGAUGAACUUGCUGAUGGUCAGGAACCUACUGCUGAUAAAGACAAAAUCAGAUUAUAUGGACCUCAAGAGGGCCUGUCUUGGGUUGCCAAACCCGUCACUGGACAAAGCAUCCUUGGUCUUGCCUCUCGCCAGGGAAGCAUGGUGAACCAAAGUGUACCCCUUAUGGACCCUCUCGUGACAUUAUUUGGCAGUGUGCACGAAAAGCUUCCAGAGACAGGGAGUAUGCGUAGUAUGCUUUUUCCCAAUUUUGGAAGCAUGUUUAGUACAGCAGAGCCUCAUGGCAAAAAUGAGCACUGGGAUGAAGAGAGCCUGCAGAGGGAGGGUGAUGACUACGCAUCAGAUGCUGCAGGAGGGGACUCUGAUGACAAUUUGCAUAGCCCAUUGAUCUCACGUCAGACAACAAGCUUGGAAAAGGACAUGGUUCCCCCAGCUUCCCAUGGCAGUAUUCUAAGCAUGAGACGCCAUAGCACUCUUGUGCAAGAUAGUGGAGAACAAGUUGGUAGUACAGGAAUUGGAGGUGGUUGGCAGUUGGCAUGGAAAUGGUCUGAGCAAGAAGGUGAGGAUGGAAAGAAGGAAGGAGGGUUUAAAAGGAUUUAUUUGCACCAGGAGGGAGUCCCUGGAUCUCGACGUGGGUCUCUUGUAUCACUUCCUGGUAAUGAUAUGCCUGCAGAAGGUGAGUUUAUCCAGGCUGCUGCUCUAGUGAGCCAACCUGCUCUUUAUUCAAAGGAGCUUAUGAAUCAGCAUCCUGUCGGACCAGCAAUGGUUCAUCCGUCUGAAACUGCUUCAAAAGGACCAAUUUGGGCUGCUCUUCUUGACCCAGGAGUGAAGCGUGCAUUAUUAGUUGGGGUUGGGAUUCAGAUACUUCAACAGUUCUCUGGCAUAAAUGGAGUUCUCUACUACACUCCUCAAAUUCUUGAAGAGGCAGGCGUUGAAGUGCUUCUUUCAAACUUGGGCCUUAGUUCAGAUUCAGCAUCAUUUCUUAUUAGCGCAUUCACAACCUUGCUGAUGCUUCCCUGUAUAGGUGUAGCCAUGAAACUCAUGGAUAUAUCAGGCAGAAGGCGGCUGCUACUGACCACAAUUCCUGUGCUUAUAGUGUCACUUAUCAUUCUAGUUUUUAGCGAAAUUGUGGAUUUGGGUACAGUAGUAAAUGCUGCUAUCUCAACUGCAUGUGUUAUCAUCUACUUCUGCUGCUUUGUCAUGGGCUAUGGACCAAUUCCGAAUAUCCUCUGCUCUGAGAUCUUUCCAACAAGGGUCCGUGGCCUUUGUAUUGCAAUCUGUGCUUUGGUUUACUGGAUUGGAGAUAUCAUUGUUACCUACACUCUGCCUGUAAUGCUCAGUUCCAUAGGCCUUGCUGGCGUCUUCGGAAUCUAUGCUGUUGUAUGCGUCAUCUCUUUGGUCUUUGUCUUCCUGAAAGUCCCGGAGACCAAAGGCAUGCCACUUGAAGUUAUUACUGAGUUCUUUGCUGUUGGUGCAAGACAGGCUGCUGCUACCAAGAAUGAGUAACUCACUGCUUUCAACGGUCUCAAUUGCUCUGCAAUUUCAGCUCUUAAGCAUUCAUCCAACUUCAGUUUGGAGAUUUUUUGGGCAUCCUUUGUAUGAGGGAUUUUCUUAUUCAAACAUUAAAAUGAUAUUUUUUCCCUUUUAAUUGGAUUAUAGUAACAUACCAAUUUAAUUUAAGAGAAUGGUAGAGAUGGAUGUUUCAUGACA